AUGUUACUGAUUGGCACAAGAUGUGCAUUGCAGUGCAUACCAAGUGGUUUUCAGAAUCGCGAUGAUGCGCGUUACAAAGAAGAAAGAUGCAAAGCUGGACGUGAACUUUGUGGAGAUGUUCAUUCCGAGGCAACGAAAAAGACAGAUUCUACGCUAGGUAACGUAUGCUUGCGAGGCGAAGAUUAUGCAGAAGUUUACAAAGAUUUGCACUCAGCAGACCGCUUGCAGGUAGGAGAACGUGAAUCAUGCCCGGCACAUGAUCGAAUCUGGAGUGAAACGCGCGAUCAACGUUCUAAGAUAUUUCGCACACUUACUCGAUCUUUCAAUGUCGUUUUUGGCUUUCUAUAUAUUUUGUGUCCUCCGUGGCCACCCUGGGUCAUACACAAGAUAGCUUUUCGAGCACCGCCCAGAGGAGAAUAUUAUUUUUUAGUGGGAGGAAAGCAAGGCAAUCGUCGCACAUUUUUCACAGCCAAAGAAGCAGAAGGGAACGAGAACCUUCAAAUCUGUCUUCCACAUUUACUGAAAAAGAACGUAAAGGCACUUGAUAUUUAUUAUCACAUACUCAGAUGCAAGCCGGUCAUUUUGAAGUUGUACGAUAACGUACGUAUCUGCAUCAUGGAAGUGAUGUGCGAACAGACUGAAAAGUGGUUGAGAAGAAGAUCAAGCACAAGAUCUCGAUCGCCAAAACUUAUCAUUUUUGCACAGCCAAAUAGCUCUGAUAUGGGAUGCUGCAUGCUGAUGGAUCCAAAUUUUGCAGACAUCGCUGACUUUCUGCGUUGUGAUAUGUUGGUGUUCGAUUACGUUGGUUACGGUGUUAGUGACGGUGAAGCGACAGAAAAAACUGUUUAUGAUAGCGUUGAAAGAGUGUACAGUUACGCCACAGAAAAUCUUGGAUAUGCUCCAUGUGAUAUAGCAUUAAUCGGAUUUAGUUUGGGCACAGCGGCAAUGGUUCAUAUAGCUUCGAAAACUCCAGACCUUGGUGCCAUGGUCUUGAUCGCGCCGUUUAUGUCACUUUGGCGAGUGAUUCUCCGACGUCCAAACCUUCAACCUUCAGUAGAUAUGUUUCCAAAUUACGAGAAGGCCUUGAAUAUACACUGUCCAACGCUAGUCUGUCACGGAAAAGAUGAUGCCAUUGUUGAUCAACAGCACGCUAGUCAUCAGGCAAGCAUUAUUCUUCUGAAUUUUUGGCACUCAAACCAUGUUCAGGGCAUAUUCUGCGAGCGGACGAUGUGGGAUGAUGUGGAAAGAUUUUUAGAGGAGAAAAUGAAUGUGGCGGAGUCUUGGCUGCAUGCAAUGGAAGACACAUGCUCUUGUACAUCUCACGAAACAUAUUGA